AUGGCUCUGAGCUCUCGCGCGCACGCCUUCUCUGUGGAAGCUCUGAUGGGGAGAACCAGCAAAAGAAAACUGCAAGAUCCAAGAGUGAAGGUGCAGGAUGAGUUACGGGAGAAAGAGGACGGAGAGAAACUGGAAAAGAGAAAGAGCAGCCCUGCAGGGAAGAGCGAACAACCCGAAAAGCGACCCAAGACAGAGCUUUCAACUGCUCUUUCUGGCUGUGGAGGCGGCGAUGGCGGCGGCGGCGACGACAACGGCAGCGAAAGCCUAGAAGAGAAAGAUGUUAUCCACGUGGAACUCCAAGGAUCGGAGUUGUGGAAGCGAUUCCAUGACAUUGGAACUGAGAUGAUCAUUACCAAGGCGGGCAGGAGAAUGUUCCCCUCUGUCCGGGUCAAGGUGAAAGGACUGGAUCCAGGGAAGCAGUAUUACAUCGCGAUUGAUGUGGUUCCAGUUGAUUCUAAGCGCUACAGGUACGUGUAUCACAGCUCGCAGUGGAUGGUGGCAGGGAAUACAGACCACUCCUGCAUCACUCCCAGAUUCUAUAUCCAUCCGGACUCUCCCUGCUCGGGAGAGACCUGGAUGCGACAGAUCAUCAGUUUUGAUCGGGUGAAACUCACCAACAACGAAAUGGACGACAAAGGCCACAUCAUUCUGCAGUCCAUGCAUAAGUACAAACCUCGCGUGCACGUGAUGGAGCAAGACAGCAAGACUGACCUGUCCCGGAUUCAGUCCUUGCCCGUGGAAGGGAUUAAAACUUUCUCCUUUAAAGAAACAGAAUUCACCACAGUGACAGCUUACCAAAACCAACAGAUUACCAAACUGAAAAUCGACAGGAAUCCUUUUGCUAAAGGAUUUAGAGAUCCUGGAAGAAACAGGGGUGUGUUGGAUGGGCUUUUAGAAACCUACCCGUGGAGACCUUCUCUCAUUCUGGAUUUGAAAGCCUACGGUGCAGAUGCACAAAGUGGAAGCAGCGGCUCCUCUCCAGUGACAUCAAGUGGAGGGGCUCCUUCUCCUUUGAACUCCUUACUUUCUCCACCUUGCUCUCCGCCUACUUUUCACUUGCCUACGAGCUCCCUUGGAAUGCCAUGUCCAGAGACAUACCUGCACAAUAUCAACUUGCCCCUUUGCUACAAGAUUUGUCCAGCUAAUUUUUGGCGACAGCAACCUCUUUUCUUACCUACUACUGAAAGGCUAGCAAGCAGCAACAGUUCUCAGUCUUUAGCUCCAUUCAUGAUGGAAGUGCCCAUGUUGUCUUCUAUGGGGGUUGCCAAUUCAAAAAGUGGUUCAACUGAUGACUUCAAUGGGCAAUAUCUUCAAACAUCUAAUUCUGUCAAUCAAGUGGUGUAUGGAUUACAGACAACUGGAAACAUUUUCCCACCCAGCUCCAUUGCCAGAGAAGCACUCAGUUGUUCUUUCCAUCCUCCCUAUGGCUUAUAUAGGUAUAACCACUCUAUGCCAUCUAGACUGGUAAAUGCUGCAAACCAUCUCAAAGUGAAUGACAACGGUCAAGUCUCUUUUAGAGAAAGCAGAUGUAAUCAUGUUCACUGGCAUCCAACAAUUAACCAUUGCCUUUAAUGAAACAAUUCAUAAUAGAGUUACAUAUAGCGCAUAUUUGUAAUCAAAUAAAGAUCACCUGCUGUUGAGCUUAAAAAUUUUCACAGCUAGACACGAUUGCUCUGCUAUGUAUUUAAAGUACCUUAUCUGUUGUUCUCACGAAGUUGUUUAUACACUCAAAUGUGAUCUAUAAGAACCUCUAAUGACAGUGUGCUUGGGCCUCAAAAUAAGAAACUCAAUAAAUAUUGUUUUGAGAGAUAGCCUACCAGUGAGAAUUGAUGUCAGGUGAUGGGGUCUCUAAAUGUAAUGAGGCCAGUUUACCACGUCAACUGUCUUUUAUGCAUUGCUUAUGACCAAAAUAAAUAUGUCAUUUUUGUGGAAGCAGUGAAACAAUUUCAAUCUUAUUAAUGAAAAUUAACUCCAUUGUAAUUAUCUUUCUAAUAAUUGUAGAAGAAAAUUUAUUUGUCUGCCUUAUACAUUUAUACUCUGCUGUUGAAGGAAAUAUUAAUUUCAAAGUACAAAUAAGGAAGUAAACUUUCAAGUAUUAUUUUUAUUAAUCUUUGUAGCCUAA